AUGCCCCUCCCCCCGUCCAUCUCCACCCGCUCCAUCGCCACCUCCACUCUCAACUUCCACAUUCUCGAAGCCGGUUUCACCCCAUCGCGCGAUCGCCCUCUGAUACUGCUCCUGCACGGAUUCCCCGAACUAGCCUACUCCUGGCGCAAGGUGAUCCCCCAACUCGCCGAUGCGGGCUACUACGUCGUGGCCCCGGACCAGCGCGGCUUCGGCCGCACCACGGGCUGGGACACGCGGGACUUCGACGCCGUCGACCUGAGCACGUUCUCGUUGACGACCUUCGUGCGGGACAUGGUGGUGCUCGUGCACGCGCUGGGAUAUCGAUCCGUGCGGUGCGUCGUCGGCCAUGAUUGCGGCGCCGUGACGGCCGCCAUGUGUGCCCUGGUACGGCCCGAUUUCUUCCACAGUCUGGUCUUGCUCAGUCAUCCGUUCAACGGAUCGCCUGGGCUGCCGUUCAAUACGGCCAAUGAUGAGACAGCGAAGAAUGCCAGCGGAGGAGGAGGUGCCGAGUCCGCGGCGGGCGACCACGUCCAUGCCGAGCUGGCCACCUUGGGCAGGAAACACUACAAGUGGUAUUAUUCGACGGCGCCGGCCAACGGGGACAUGACGGCGCCUGCGGAGGGUCUGCACACUUUCCUGCGAGGCUACUUCCAUCUGAAGAGCGGGUCGUGGGCCGGUAACCAGACCUAUCCAUUGAACGGGUGGACGGCCGCCAACCUGUCCCGGCUACCGUAUUACUAUGUCAUGCCGUUGGAGGACACGAUGCCGCAGGCCGUGGCACGGCAUAUGGCGGAGGAAUCUGAGGCCGGGGAGCGCGCCUCGCAUGCCUGGCUGCCCGACGAGGACCUCGCCGUGUAUGUGACCGAGUACGGCCGGACGGGCUUCCAGGGCGGAUUGAACUGGUAUCGGGUGCGCACGGCGGCCGGAGGGAAAUACACCAAGGAUUUCGAGGUGUUUGCCGGGAAGAAGAUCGAGGUGCCGUGUACGUUUGUGUCCGGCAAGUCGGACUGGGGCAUCUAUCAGGAACCCGGGGCGCUGGAGAAGAUGGCCAAUGGCACCGUGUGCAGUGAUUUCCGGACGAUGAAGUUGAUCGACGGCGUUGGGCAUUGGGCACCGCAGGAGAGCCCGGAUGAGGUUGCUCGAGUGAUCCUGGACUUGGUGCGAAGUCUGUAG